AUGGCGGAGGCUCAACAAGCACGCGUUCAGGCUGUAGUGGAAGAAAUGGUCCAAAGCCUGGAGAGGGAUCACAUCCGAAAAAUGCAGGCUCGCAUGUUCAAGUGCAGUGCUGAAUGCUGUGAUCGAUCCACGGACUCAAUGGUUCAAGUGCAUCAAUGCAUUGAUAGGUGUCACGCUCCUUUGGCUAAAGCCCAGGGGCUCGUUACUUCUGAGCUGGAGAAAUUUCAGGAUCGUCUGGCCAGAUGUACAAUGCACUGUAAUGACAAGGCGAAGGAUCUGUUUGAUUCUGGUGCCAAGGAACCAGCUGUCCGAUCUCUAAUGGAACGAUGCGUGGGCAGUUGCGUGGAUGACCACUUGAACCUGAUCCCCAGCAUGACCCGUAGAAUCCAGGAGAACCUGGACUCUAUUCCCCAAUGA